GUGAAGUUAACGUCAGUACAAGGUUAGUGCGUUUAAACAAGUACAACUUUUUUUGUGACAAUGUCUGCAUCUGUUGAUUAAAAUUUGAAACAUAAUAAGCUUCUAAACAAGGUCAACAGUUUUCAUCAACUCGUAGUGAACGAAAAUAAUUAAAAAUAAGUGUGUAUUAUGUUCAUACUUUCAAAAAUCAUACAUUUUACGUGUCAUCACCAAAUAUUCAAGUACAAGUGUCCGCGAAAAUGAUCUGUACUUUGUUUUUCGCAAUCACAACGUUACAUGAACAUGGAUGACCUAAAAUGCGAAUAUGUGAAGAAAAAAAGAUGUUUGGGACUCACAAGAAGUGUAAACUGAAAUUAUUAUAAUGUUUCGCACAUUGAUUAUCGACAAUCAUUUACCUUUUCAUGCCAUCGCCUAACGAUCGGUGAAUUGCUUGGUCACAAAGUGAAAAUGUGAUGUGUCAAACUGAUUGUUUACCUCACGGACAGGUGAGUGGUUUGUAGAAGUGGUACGCGAGGGCGGCGGGAGGCGGGCGGUAUGUCUGAUCGAUCAAGUCCCGUGAACGGCGGUUACGAGGCCGCAAGGCUCACCGUCCGCAAGGACCUCUUCCCGGAGGUUCGCCUACCAAAGCUGGCGACCGAUGGCUCUGGUGCGGACUCCGACCAAGAAGACGUCGAGUCAGCCUCUGGCGUAAAGCUGGAGACUGAUUUCGAGCAAAGUAUAGACGAAAUUGCCAGUCAUAAGGCGCAAGUGGCUAAUGGGGCACUACCGUGUCCUACGCGGCCACGACACAGGAAGCACAAGCACCACUCCCGACAGAGUUCUCAAUCCUCAACUGUGAAUGGUUGUCUGCCUCCUAAAAGUAAAAGGAGAAAAGACUCACCAAAAGAUUCAUCCUAUAGAACACAUUCUAAACAUAGUGUUGUGUCACAAGUGAAAGGUGGUAAAAACUUGAAUUUAGUUAGUAGUAGUGAGUGUGCGGAAGAUGAUGACGACAAUGAAGAAGCUGAAGAGGAAGAGGAGGAGGAAGAAGAAGAAGAGGAAGUGGAAGAGGAGGAGGAAGUAGAGGAUAGUGAAAGUUCAGAGGAUGAACAGCUCAAACACAACUCAAAGUUACCAGUAACAAUGCAGCGGCAGAGUGGUAAACCGUACAGUCACGAACUUAGUCAAUUAUCAACUAAAAAGAGUAAAAAGGACUCUAAAGAGCGUAAAAUUCAUGCAAUUAUACCAUGUAGUGGCAAACCAAGGUCUAUGUUGGACAUUCGCAGUUCGCGGGGUAAAAAGAAAUCAAAGAAGUCUGAGUGCACACCCACAUAUCGAAGCCAGAUAGUGGAUACUAACUCUAUGAAGAUUAAGAUUAGGAGAACAAGUGUUCAUGAAACUGUAACGCCAACUCCUACAUCGGUUUCUGAUAUUGGUCAAAGGAAAUCUAAAAAGAAGCGGGCGGCAUCACCAGCAAGCGUGAGCUCUGGUGAGGAGUAUGAUCCGUCGCGCGGCGAUACCGCUGCGGCAAUGAGCGUUGCAGCGCCUAAACCGCGUCACUCGCGACCUAAGACUCCUAAGCCUAAGAAACCGACAAGUUCUAAAAGUAAGCAAAAGAAAAGUGAAAAGACUGAAAGAACUAGAAUUAGUGGAGCUGAAAGUAAAGAGACUGGACCACAAAGUCCUUGGGGACAUUCUAUGCCUAAGGAGAUUCUAUUAAAGAUAUUUGAAUAUGUUGUGGCCUCUCAGGGCACAUUGCCUUCUGUGAUCAGAAUUGGUAGAGUAUGUAAGUUAUGGCACAGUGUAAGCUGUAGACAAGAAUUAUGGAAGAAUGUAGACCUUGCACAAUAUACUACAGAAAAAUGUAAAACGGACUACAAAUUAGUGUGGCUCCUGGAAAACCGGUUAUCGCAAUGUCAAAACUUAAAUAUUGCUCAGUGGAAAGUGAGCAACGUAUCUUGGGUGCUAGCUUGCGUCGCGGACUACUGUCCUCAACUCGUGGAGCUCAGCGUCGCCGGCUGGAGCCGCAUUACCUCCGACCAACUCUUCGACCUAUUGCAAGCCCUGCCCAAGCUGCAGAGGAUUGACUUAUCGCUUACGUCUGAAACGGGCGGUUCAAGUUCGUGCUUGUCGGCUGCCUCGAUGGCGCGCAUCACGGAGAACUUCGGCGAGAGGCUCACGCAUCUCAUGCUAGCCAACAACAAGUUCAUAGCUAUGCCGCAGAUACUUACGUCUAUAGCGACGUAUUGCUCCAACUUGGAAGUGCUGGACAUCUCGGGUACCCUGGCAGCCUCACACCCUGCCGCGGUGCCACUGGAGGCCCUGCAGAAGGGCUGUCCCAAGAUGCGAGUGUUCAGGGCUGCCAACUCGCAGCUCGUGCUGGCCAACGCUACCACUUCGCAACAGAUGGAGUGCCAGGGCUGGACGCAGCUGGAGGAGCUGUCGAUCGCGGGCGAGGCGGCCACGGAGCGCGUGGGCGUGGGCGAGUACCGGCUCGGGGACGACGCGCUGGCGCGGCUGGUGCGCGGCGCCACGCGCCUGCGCCUGCUGGACCUGCGCGGCCUGCAGCGCCUCACCGACUCGGGGCUCGUGCGCGUGCCCGCCUGGGACCUGCAGCAUCUCUUCCUUGGCGGUUGCAACGUGACUCGACAAAACAGUGCGUGUCUGGAGCUGAUAUGUGAGAAGUGGUCUCACAGUCUGAUCGAGCUGGACCUGUCGUGGGCGUCCGCCGCGCGGGUGCUCGACGACGCCGUGUCGGCACUGGCCGACUCUACUGACAGCAAGCUGAGAAUACUAAACUUGUGUGGAUCAUCGGUGUCUUUGGAACCCGUAAAGAAAGUUCUUUUAAAAUGUCCACAUAUUGAGUCUAUAAAUCUCAGUUCUUGUCGAGCUUUGCCUCGGGGCAUGAAACGCUUGUAUACAGGAAAGGAAAUCCAAGACCUUAAAGACAGUUUAGAUCCAGAGAAAAUUAAAGCCAAAGAAAAUAAAAAAGAAGAAGAGAGUUCAAAGACAAAGAAAAGCGUUAAGAAGUCGGCUGCAGAUUCCAAGUCAGAGUCUGUCAGCCAAGACAACUCCGCAGAUAUUUCAGAUAAAUCUGAUGUGAAAAAAGAUACGACUUCUACAAAGGAGGUAACUUCACCUGUCUUCCAAGAGCCAAAAAGUCUGUCAGAGUCACCGUCUGCUACGGCAGAGAAACAUUCAGGACGCGAUUCAUCCAAAAGGACGCCAGUGAUAUCUUCACCUGACAGUAAAACACUUGAGCAAAAAUACGGCAAAGAAAUGAUUGCUGCUGUACCUGAAGGAAAGCGGUCAACUAGAGGUACUACUCCAAAGCUUCUAAGUCCUGCUACACAAUUAAGACCCGAUUCCUCUUCUACGCCGAGGUCCGAUCCCAUUAAAGAUCUUGGAAGUCCCCAUUUCAGUCCAGUUCCCAAACCAGACAGUCAAGUACAAAAUAGUCCAGAAGUCCAAACAGACCUACUAAACCCAAGCCAAAAGAGUAGCUCAUGGAAUCUAGGGCAGUUUAAAACCACACCCACACAUAAGUCUGAAGCCAGCCCGUUAAGUAGGUUAGACACUCACACUAAAUUAAAACACGGCAAAGUUAUAGAGCAAUGUAGUCCGACCACCUCACACGAUAAUAAACCUAGUCCCGAAACCCAUAGUAUCAAACAAGAUAGCAUGAAGAAUCCUAGCUGGAAUUACGGCAAUUACAGUCCUAUGCCGCGCCAAGAAAGUCAGUUCUCUUCACAGAGGAGUCCUUAUUCAGCUCAACCAAGUCCUGCUCAACCAAGCCCUUAUUCAACGCAACCUAGUCCUUAUUCAACACAGCCGAGCCCAUAUUCUUCGCAGCCUAGUCCCUAUUCAGCCCAACCAAGUCCAGACACAAGUCAAAUUGUAAAACCAGAUUUACAAAAAUCUAGUGCUUGGAAUACAGGAAACUAUAGUCCUAUGCCUAAACACCACCCACCAUUUUCACCCCACCCGUCCACACAUGCUAGUCCCGAUCCGGGAGUCGGUUUGAAAACCGACAGUCUUAGGAACAAUCCAAAUAAAACUCCGGGACAUAGUCCAAUGUCAAGACAAGAUCGCAUCCACCAUAGUCCAUAUUCACCCAGACCUAGCGUAGACGUGAAUUAUAGCAAUAAGAAGAGCCCUGGAGUUGGCAACUAUAGCCCUAUGAUGCGGCCAGAUUGCCAUCUACCUAGUCCAGACAGAGGCUCUACUACAAGACCCACAAUGGCUGGAAGACAACAAGAUAUAUAUGGAAGAACUGUAAAUAAAGCACCUGAUAUACUACAUAAUAGCGCGCCCCAACCAGAGAUACCAAACUCUUGGGGUAUAGACAGAUUCAAUCAGAUCACUAACGCCACCACCUCGGCCAUCGAGUCCCUAGUAUGGGGAGCGACUUCGUUCAACACGGAGCCCGCUCCGAUGCCGCCGCGAGUUGACAACAUUCCCACCAUGCUCAACACGCCGUCGCCACAAACGUGGUCCGGUUUGCCUCCGUUCGAAAAUAGUGUUCAAAGACAAAAUGACGAUUUAAAUGAUCCGUGGACUUUUGGACAAUUCCGUGAACAGCCUCACCAUGUGCACAAUGCGUUCGUGGAUCAAAACAGUUUCGACCUGACUGCUCACUUAGGACAUCAGGCGCAUUCGCUACAGAGUUAUCUGGAAGACAAUUUCCCAGAGACGUCUCGUGUAGAAUGACGUUCUCGCCCGCCUUCAUUUUAGUAACUCGAAUGAAACUGCAUUGUUGUUAUGGACAAAAUAUAUUAAUGAUAAAUUCCUUCUUUGGAGGGUUAUAGGGUGAUGUUGUAUUUAAUAAUGAUUGAACAAUUAUAUUAUAGACAUUGUAAAUAAGAUUUAUCUAGUUAGAAUUAAGUGUAAUGAAGCUAGGAAUGCAUUAAUGUUAUUUUGCAGCAUAGUUUAUGAAAUGAUAUAAGAGAUAAGAAAAUUAUAAAUAAUAAGGAUAGUAAAAUUCAUCCAUCGACUUAGAUAUUGUUGGAUUAUACUCAUGAGUUAGGUUUUAAAGUGAGUCUUUAUUUUAUAUGCCAAAACCUGUUUUCACUGAGGCCAAAAUUUAUUUAUUUGUAUCCAUGAUUAUUGUUUCUUUUGUUAUCAUGUUUGUCUUUAAUAGCAUCGUCUAUAGGAAUGUAAUGUCCUUUUUCAUUAAGCUUAUGACCAUUUCAAGAUGUCUGCUUUGACUGUCAACUAAAUUGUUGCAAUAGCAUAAAACAUUCCGUUUCAGUUUGUAAAAAUAUUAUGUAACUGUUUCAGCCUAUAAAAUUCUCGACACCGUCGGUCUAGAGUAUUGGCUACGAUCAUUUGAACAAAUCCAAAAAGCGUUUUAGUGAGUUUAAUUAGCAAACCACAAUAUUAGAGCAUUCCGUAGACUCGGCCAUACAAGCGUGAGACAAUUGGGUAAAUAAAAUAAUUGCGAAUAGCCCGUUACAAAAGCUCUCAAGCGAUCGCAGCCAAUAUUCAGUCUGGCUAAAUAUUUUCUUAUUUAUUUGCGUUAUUAGAUAUUUUAGAUAUUGUUGUGUUAGCAAUGAAGGAGGGAGUUUAUUGUUGACGUGCUUUAGAGUAGGCCAUAAACAUAGGUAUAAUGUUUACUUCGGUUUAUAAUUCAAAUAAAAAAAGAUAAUAAAUCCCGUGAUGGGUGUAUAAUUGCGUUAAGAUGUACACGAAAGAUUCUGAAAUGUAGUUAUCUAGUUGCAUGUCAUUUAUAGUAUAUAUUGAAUGUUUCCACAGUGUUGUUAAUAUUUUGCAAACUCAACUCCACCAACACUUCUAGUUUGUGAAAACCCUUACUAAUGUGUAAUGAACAAAUCGCGUGUCAACUUUUAAUGGAUAUUUAUUAUGAUCUUCCAAAGUGAAGGGUUUCGAAACUGGAUCUAGUUUUCAACAAAGAUAGAUGUAUAUCAUAGCAGUCAGUUUAAAUUAUAGUCCUGUUAUUGAACUCGAUGUUUCAAUUAGCUUUACAAAAUGCAAGCGAGGUGUUCUAAUUACCGCACACUGUUUCAAAAUGUGUUAUAGAAAUUGUAAAUGGAGUGUAUUUUGUGUUAACUGGUGCAGCUAAUAAUGCUAGCUAUUGUAUAAGUACUUAUGAGUUACAUUUAUACAUUCGGUAUCAUUCAUUCAUUUGCACUUAUUUUUAUUAUAAUAUCUUGUACAUUUUCGCUUUUUUGACAGUCGUGAGAGUUUGGCCUUGACUAUACUGUAACAAAUACAAGAAAUAUAUUUUAUCAACAAUACAAUAUAAUAAAUUGUCUCUUUUACAAAAUGUUUUAUAAACAUUGGUUACAAAAUGAAUAAAUGAUGCUGUAUAUUUUGGACAUGAUAAAGCAAUACACAAACAAGUUUUAUUAUAUUUACUUUAUGUUGCAUUUUGAAUAUUCAGUAAAAUUAUUUCUUUAUCCCAUGUAAUAAUGUCAGGUGCAGGAUUUAUUAUAUUUGGUCUCAUAUGAGUUUCAUCCUCUUUUAGAAGGAAGUAUUAUAAGUUUAUAAAUCUUAAUCAUUUUUCUAUUACCAUCCUGUAUUAUUUAUUGGUAGGUACAGCGCUGUGGAUCUGGCUCCACCUCUCGUUGGCAAGGCGAAAUAAGAAUCUCAAUAAACAUCUAGGUACAUACUCUGUACAAGUAUAUUCAAUGCCAAGUUUGAUUGAAUAUUACAAUAGAUAUUUUAAAUCUAGACCCACUGAGUUGUAUCUGCUGUUCUGCUCUUGUAUGCUUGACUUUCUAAUAUCAUUUUAUAUUUUUAUACUUUUAUUAAUGAUGAUAACAAAGUUAAAUUUUUAUAAGGAGAGAAUUCUAAAUAUCAUACCUAUUUAUUUAAAAGUAAAGCCAAGUACAAAGUGCUUUUUUAAUAAAUUAUAUGUAUAAUAUUACGUAGACGUACAUACUUCGUGUUGUAUUUAAAGAGACCGUUAAAACCACCAAAUAUUGUUUCCAUACCUACAUUAGCCUUAUAAAUGCCUAACUUUUAACUGAAGAGAUAUUUUAUAGUUUUAUUAACUUAUUAAAAAUGAAAAAUUAUUAUCUUCUAUACAUAGAAUGUAUAAAUAUAAAAUUAGGGAAAUAUUAUGUUAAAUAAUCGUGUACUAUAGUAUGUAUAAAAUAAAGUUGACUAAUAUCUGUAAGUUCUGUUAUGUAGAGAUUUUUGUUUGUAAUAUUGUUACACUACUGCGCGGACUUCUUACAGGUGGUCCAAUUUUUAUAAUCUAACCAAUAAAAUAUCGAUGUGGUUGUACAUUUACAUUUUGAAUAGAAUGUACUCUAUUUAUUAAAUUUCUUUUGUUGAGAAAACAUCA